GGUUAUCCAAGCUAAUAUAUUUGGACUUAGCAGAAACGGGGGCAAGCUGGGCGAUCCAUGAGAAAUAUGUUGAUUGUUCGACAUUGAUUGACCUCUUACACCCUGAGUUUGGUAGCCUACCCGAUCAAUGCUACAUGUCAGUCUAGCUGCGGAUCAAAAAAAAAAAAAAAAAAAAAUAUGGGGAAGAGAAAUGAAAGCAGUGAACAGGGGCUGAUUUAUGUACCUCAGAUUCAUGCGCAAAGAUGACUACCCAUCCGUAAACGGAGGACGCGAAGCCCUCCUUGCCGCCCUCAACGUUCCCGCCUUCGUCGCCAGCAGGACCUGCUUCGAACUGAACGGCUACGCAGGAUGUCGACCAGUAUUCAAAGAACCGCAGCAGACUGAUGAUCCCUUUGGGAAGCAAGACGCUACCCCUACACUCACAUCCUGCACGACAUGGUUCCACUAUCUCGCAAAGAUGGUCCGCAAAAUUGACUCCUUCCAGAAUGAGCAGAAACCCCACGACGAAGAGCCCGAAUAUGUCCGUGAAAAGUCCACAGAGGGAUACGAGUGGUUCGAAAUGAGCAUCUUCACCCGCUGGGAUGCGCCAGGCAAAUGUCGGGUCCUGUGUAUCGACACUCCACCUGAUUGCCCUGAGCGCCUCAAGGACGCCCUGCUGAAGAAGAAGAAGAGUCUGAGUCUCCCGGAAGCCGCCCAAGCAGACCCUUUUGCCCUCCACGCCGACCUCCUAGACAUCAUAAUCGUCUAUUCCGACAUUUCCGUUUGGCGCGUGCGCGAUCCGAUCCGGCUCCUCGAAAAGUCGCGGCUCAACGGGCACGAUCUGUUUGAGCAGAUCCACGACCACGCAAGGCACGCAUACCACUCGUCCGAGGUGCUGGAGGCGGCGAUCCAGACGGUCGAGCAGUUGGGCAGAUAUCAGCGAGAGAUUCAUGAGACUAUUGCACAUGGGCAGCGCAAUGGCAGUGGCAGUGGCGGCGGCAGCCGCUUGGGCCACAGUCUGACUCUGACGUACAGAGCGCAGGCGAGGGAGUAUACGCAGUUUCAGAUUUCGUUGGUGAAGAGUUUGAAGCUGAGGAGUGAUUCGAGUUUGCAGAGGUUGAAGAACGAGGUUGGACUGGCGUACAACAAUAUUGCCAGACAAGAUAACAGCGUCAUGAAAUCGAUAGCGCUAUUGACUAUGAUCUUUCUGCCUGCCACUUUCAUUUCGGUAUGUCCCCUAGCGUAGCUAGUAUCUGAAUCCCCUUUCAACCAGUCUUGACUGCCGUUUUUUCAGUCUUCUUUUCUUUGGGUACCCAUCGCUCCUUCCUCACUUGAACCUGACUGCCCGCUAACCACCAGAGCCACGUGAUACCAGGCCCUCUUCA